AUGUUUUGUCUUCUACAGGGCAGUGCAUCAACUGUUGAUGUGGCUUUGCUCGCGGAAGCUCACGGCCUGGUUACGGAUAUGUUGGCCGAUCCUAAUUUGCCGGCCCAUGUGAUUGGAGGCUUACGUUCGCUCGCCUCGCUUUUGUCACCACCAACACAAGUGGCUGUUAACCACAGGAUCCAACGUCCGGGGGGCGCAAGUGUCUCCCUCGCUGAUUUCAACUCCGGAUCUGACAAUGAAGAAAUACCGUACACAGGCGAGAAGCCAUCAGCGUUAUCCAAACGGUUACGUCGCAAUUUACCCCCAAGUCUCUUGCGUCGUAUGUCCACCAGCACGUGGACGACGACCACAUCAGCCACAGGAUUACCAACCCUGGAGCCAGAACCAUCCAGAAAACGCAGCACUAGUUUCCGACAUCCCACGGAUUCGCAGAAUACAUCUCCAAGAGGAGGAAAUAGUCCUCAGACAGGAUGCGCUAUAUCUCCCAGGUAA